ACUGACAAGGUGGCGGCGCACUCGGAGGCGCCGCGUUCUAGGCGCGGCCAUCGCUCCCGGAACGUACGGUGGCCGCUACCUUACGGACUCGAUGGUUAAGAUGGCGGCGCCUGGGCGACAGCGGCGGAUCUAGGUGGGCGACCCUAUUUGUUCCCUGCUCAGCGGUCUUCCCGGGCGUGAGGAACCAGAGUGCGGUGCCGCGGAGGCGGGCCCGGGAGCGGAAGUGGUUGUGGGCGCCUCUGCCACCGCCGCGGACGCUGCCCGGGGGCUCGCUCGGGUCCGCGGGUCGCUGCCCGGGGUCCGGAGCGGGUACGCCGUGAGCGCAGACAUGGAAGGAGAUGGUUCCGACCUGGAGCCCCCAGAUGCUGGGGAGGACAGCAAGUCUGAGAAUGGGGAGAACGCUCCCAUCUACUGCAUCUGCCGCAAACCGGACAUCAACUGCUUCAUGAUUGGCUGUGAUAACUGCAAUGAGUGGUUCCAUGGGGACUGCAUCCGGAUCACUGAGAAAAUGGCCAAGGCCAUCCGCGAAUGGUACUGUAGGGAGUGCCGAGAGAAGGACCCGAAGUUGGAGAUUCGUUAUCGGCACAAAAAGUCCCGGGAGCGUGAUGGCAGUGAGCGGGACGGCAGUGAGCCCCGGGAUGAGGGAGGAGGGCGCAAGAGGCCUGCUUCAGAUCCAGACCUGCAGCGCCGGGCAGGGUCAGGGACAGGGGUUGGGACCAUGCUUGCUCGGGGCUCUGCUUCGCCCCACAAAUCUUCUCCACAGCCCUUGGUGGCCACACCUAGCCAGCAACAGCAGCAACAGAUCAAACGGUCAGCCCGAAUGUGUGGUGAGUGUGAGGCAUGCCGGCGCACCGAGGACUGUGGCCACUGCGACUUCUGCCGUGACAUGAAGAAGUUUGGGGGCCCCAACAAGAUCCGGCAGAAGUGCCGGCUUCGCCAGUGUCAGCUGCGGGCACGGGAAUCGUACAAGUACUUCCCUUCCUCGCUCUCGCCGGUGACGCCCUCAGAGGCCCUGCCAAGGCCCCGCCGGCCACCACCCACUCAACAACAGCCGCAGCCGUCGCAGAAGCUGGGGCGUAUCCGUGAAGAUGAGGGGACAGUGUUGUCAUCAGUGGUUAAGGAGCUACCAGAGGCUACAGCCACACCGGAGCCACUUUCAGAUGAGGACCUGGCACUGGACCCUGAUCUGUACCAGGACUUCUGUUCGGGGGCCUUGGAUGACCACGGCCUACCCUGGAUGAGUGACGCAGAAGAGUCCCCCUUCAUGGACCCUGCCCUGAGGAAACGAGCAGUCAAAGUGAAGCACGUGAAGCGUCGCGAGAAGAAGUCUGAAAAGAAGAAGGAGGAGAGAUAUAAACGGCAUCGACAGAAGCAGAAGCAUAAAGACAAGUGGAAACACCCAGAAAGGGCUGAUGCCAAGGACCCUGCAUCACUACCGCAGUGCCUGGGGCCUGGCUGUGUGCGUGCUGCCCAGCCUGGUUCCAAGUAUUGUUCAGAUGACUGUGGCAUGAAGCUGGCAGCCAACCGAAUCUAUGAGAUCCUCCCCCAGCGCAUCCAGCAGUGGCAGCAAAGCCCCUGCAUUGCUGAAGAGCAUGGCAAGAAGCUCCUUGAACGCAUCCGCCGUGAGCAGCAGAGUGCCCGCACCCGUCUCCAGGAGAUGGAGCGCAGGUUCCACGAGCUUGAGGCCAUCAUUCUUCGAGCUAAGCAGCAGGCUGUGCGCGAGGACGAGGAGAACAACGAGAACGACAGUGACGACACAGACCUGCAGAUCUUCUGCGUCUCCUGUGGGCAUCCCAUCAACCCACGUGUUGCCUUGCGCCACAUGGAGCGUUGCUAUGCCAAGUAUGAGAGCCAGACAUCCUUUGGGUCCAUGUACCCCACACGCAUUGAAGGGGCAACCCGACUCUUCUGUGAUGUCUACAAUCCCCAGAGCAAAACAUACUGUAAGCGGCUCCAGGUGCUAUGUCCUGAGCACUCACGGGACCCCAAAGUGCCAGCUGAUGAGGUCUGUGGGUGUCCACUUGUACGUGAUGUCUUUGAGCUCACGGGUGACUUCUGUCGCCUGCCCAAGCGCCAGUGCAAUCGCCAUUAUUGCUGGGAGAAGCUUCGGCGUGCAGAAGUGGACUUGGAGCGUGUUCGGGUGUGGUACAAGCUGGACGAGCUAUUUGAGCAGGAACGGAAUGUUCGCACAGCCAUGACCAACCGAGCAGGAUUACUUGCCCUGAUGCUGCACCAAACAAUCCAACAUGACCCACUCACUACCGACCUUCGAUCUAGUGCUGACCGCUGAGCUUCACCAGCCCAGAGCCCCUCAACCCUGCCUUCCAGUUAGGGGAGUGGCCCUGCAUCGCCAGCUUUCUGUUCCUCCGUUCAUCUGUUAUUCCACCACUCCUUAGUUUUUUCCCUGUGCCCAUCUCCUUUCCGGCUUCCAUUUGCCCUUAUUAAAGGGCCUCUGAUGUCCCUUGUCUGUCUGUCCCUCUCCAUAUUCAGUGCUGGGGUGAGACCGUAGAGUUUACUCACCUUCGCCUAUUCCCAUCCCCUAAACAAACCGGUUUUGUUAAUAAAAUUUUGAACAACCAACAGGAA